CGCUCCUUGAUUUUCCAGGUCAGGAUUUUUUUUUUCUUCUUCUAGUACUUUGUACUCUUUCUUAUUCCAGUUGUGGGGUUUCUCUCUUAUUUCUACUUUUUUUGUUUUGUCUUUGUUUUGUGAGAGCAGUACAAAUGUUUAAAGUGGGUUUACCGAGUUGGUUAUCGUAUGCGUUGUCCGUCACCGGUUUGGCGGGAUUAGCCGGUGCCACUUUUUUAUACCUGUACCAAUGCGAUCUAAUCUAUCCUUCGUCAUUCCCUGAAGGAUCGAGAACCGAGGUGGCCAAACCGUCGGAUUACGGUCUUAAAUACACAGAAGAGACUUUAACCACCAAAGAUAAAGUUAAAUUGCGUAGCUACAUCAUGACAUUGGAGAAUGAAGCCGAAGCCAAGGCGGCACCGACCAUUUUGUAUUUUCAUGCGAAUGCAGGCAAUAUGGGUCACCGCUUACCUAUUGCGAAAAUAUUUGUACAAAAGUACAAAUAUAAUGUUGUUAUGUUAUCUUACAGAGGCUAUGGAUUCAGUGAAGGCAAAGCGAAUGAAAAAGGUCUUCGCAUUGAUGCCCAAACCAUGUUAGAUUUUGUUAAAAAUCACCCCAUUCUCAAGGAUACCCGAUUAAUAGCCUAUGGUCAAUCCAUUGGCGGGGCUGUCGCCAUUGACCUUGUGUCUCGAAACGAGGAUGUUUUCUCCGGUCUCAUUCUUGAAAACACCUUUUUAAGCUUGCCUAAAAUGAUUCCACACGUCCUGCCCAUGCUUCGCUACUUUACAUUUUUAUGCCAUCAGCAGUGGCCUUCGGAAGCGAGUGUUCAACGCAUUGUAAAGACACCUGUUCUUUUCCUGGCGGGAGCACGCGAUGAAUUGGUACCACCGUCGCAUAUGGUCAAGUUGCAUGAACUUUGCGGUACGCGCGACAUCAAAGAUUGGGUGAUCUUUGAGCGAGGCAUGCAUAAUGAUACGUGUAUGCAGCCCGGUUAUUUCACGGCGAUUCGUGAAUUUAUUGAGAAACGUAUUUUGAAAGAAGAGCGAGUGGAUCCGCAAGAAGAAGAAAAAGAGAAAGAAAAGAAGACGGUGGCCGCGGUCAAGAUUGAUGGUGUGGAAACGACGGACAAGCGACAAACGGAAUCGUAUCAAUUAGUCAGCGGUGUCGCUGAUGCCAAGGGCAUGACCCAUAGCUUCCAAGUAGAAGAAAUUGAACUUGAAGAAGAGGAUGAACAAUAAAAAAACAAACCAAGAAAGAUCAACAAAUCAUUACUCAUAUUCAACGUUAAAGAGGAACCCUUCAAAGCCCAACCAGUGCAUGCAAAAAGGGAAAAAAAUGGGGGAUUUUUGUUUUCAACUUCCGUUGGAUCCCAGUCACCCAGUUUUCCGAAGCCAAAAAAAGAAAAGAAGAGACAAACGGCCUUUAUCUCCG